CUUGCAAAACCCGCCUCCAGCCCCCAAGCAGCAAAUAAAUAGACGAUCAGAAGAAGCCAGGAGAAGUUUCUAGGCGUGCGUCUCUGGUGUUUAUUAAGCUCCUGGCUUCCCUGUAGACCUCCAAGGCUCUGGCUGCGAGCCUGGGCAGCCUGGGAGGACAGUGGCUUGCUGAUCUCUGGUAAGGGGAGCGGAGAGUGACCUUUUGGGAUUCUGCUGGACCUGCUGGGGGUCAUCUCUGGUGGCUGGAGUGUCUUUGGGGGCUGGUACCCCGGCCUGGUUUGCACCACUGUCUUUGGCAGUGGAUGGUUCUGCUUCUCCCCGACAGAAGACCAGCAUUUUCUAAGGCUGAAGAAUAAGCUUUGAAGGGCAGUCCACCCACAUCAUCUUGCUGUGUGACCUUGGGCAGGUGGCUCCUUAUCUCUGAGCCUCUGUUUCCCCUCUGAGCUCAGCAGCCACCAUGGCUGAUGGUCAGAUGCCUUUUUCUUGCCACUACCCCAGCCGCCUGCGCCGAGACCCCUUUCGGGACUCUCCCCUCUCCUCCCGCCUGCUGGACGAUGGUUUUGGCAUGGACCCCUUCCCUGACGACCUGACUGCCCCUUGGCCUGACUGGGCCCUGCCUCGUCUCUCCUCCGCCUGGCCAGGAACCCUGAGGUCUGGCAUGGUGCCCCGGGGGCCAACUGCCACAGCCAGGUUUGGGGUACCUGCUGAAGGCAGGAGCCCCCCACCCUUCCCCGGGGAGCCCUGGAAAGUGUGCGUCAAUGUGCACAGCUUCACACCAGAGGAGCUGACAGUCAAGACCAAGGAUGGAUAUGUGGAGGUUUCCGGAGACCUUCUGUCCAACCUGGAGGACUUUUUCUCCAUCGUCUCCUCAGCCCCAGGCUGA